AUAACCAUAGACAUCUUUUGAGUUUUGACCAAAACCUCAAAUCUCUUCAAUGGCUAACCCCUUUGAUCUGAAAAAACACGACCAAAUUAACAAUGAAGAAACAUCACAAAUAGCAAUAGUAAUUGUGCCAUAUUUAGAACAAGGUCAUCUCAAUCCCCUUCUUAACCUCUCUCGUCUACUCUCAUCUUACAACUUUCCUGUAUUUUUCCUAGGCACUAACACUAGCAACCGACAAGCAAAAUUCAGACUAUGUGGUUGGGACAUUCUUGAUUUUCCGACCAUACAUUUUCAUGACCUCGUACCUCAAUCUCCUGGUUCUUGUUCCAAUGUUCCUACUUCAGUAAUGGAGAAAAUAGGCUCAUUUUUCACAUCCAUUUUGCUCCUUCGUAACCCCAUUCGUGAAUUCUUGCAAGAAAUUUCAAGCACAUAUAGAAGGACAGUGGUUAUUAAUGACUUAGGUAUGUCAUGGGUUGUUCAAGAUGCAAUUUCAAUUCCUAAUGUAGAAUGUUACUGUUUCCACACUAUUUCUGCUUUCACCGCUCUGUCAUUCGCCUGUGAAACUACGAAAAAACCACUUCCAUCUCCGGUAGCUGAAAUAAUUGCAGAGCUUCCUCCAAGGGAAAACACAUUUGAUUCAGAAACUAUCGAAUACUUAAAGCUGCAACGCGAGUCAAGAGAUAUUUACUCAGUUGGUCUCCACAAUUCAUGCAAAGAAAUCGAAGGCGUUUUCAUUGAUUUGCUUGAAGAACAACGCAAAAACAAGCAAUGGGCAAUUGGUCCAUUAAAUCCAGUGGAAAUUGGAAGUUUCAGGAAAGAAAGCCAUGCAUGUUUUGCAUGGCUUGAUAAACAAGAACUGAAUUCGGUGAUUUAUGUUUCGUUUGGAUCUACAACUACACUAUCGAACGAACAAAUUAACGAGCUGGCACUUGGAUUAGAACAAAGCGGGCAAAAAUUCAUUUGGGUUCUUCGACAAGCUGAUAAAAAAGGUGGGGAUAAUGUCGAAAGAGGAAUUAACUGCGCUUUGCCAGAAGGGUAUGAGGAGAGAAUUAAAGAAAAGGGGCUUGGUUUUAUAGAAAAAAAUUGGGCCCCACAAUUGGAAAUUUUGGGACACGUGUCAGUUGGUGGAUUCAUGAGUCAUUGCGGGUGGAAUUCUUGUAUAGAGAGCAUUUCAAUGGGAGUGCCAAUUGCUGCUUGGCCUAUUCAUUCGGAUCAACCGAGGAAUACUGUGCUGAUAACGAAGGUUUUGAAGAUUGGGAACAUUGUGAGAGAUUGGGAAAAUCGAGAUGAAUUGGUGAGUGCUGUGAGAAUUGAAAACGCGGUGAGGAAGUUGAUAGGUUCUACAGAAGGGGAGGAGAUACGGCAGAGAGUGGUGGAGUUGAGUGACGCUGUGAAGAAGUCGGUGAUGAAUGGGUCGAGUCGCAAGGAGAUGGAUUCUUUUGUUGCUCAUAUUACCAAAAUCUCUUCAAUGACCAAACUUUGCAAUCAUGAAGUGGCUAUAGUAAUGAUACCAUUACCAGCACAAGGCCAUUUAAACCAACUCCUCCACCUCACCCGCCUUAUCUCCACCUAUCACCUCCCACUCCACUUCACCGGAACCACCGUGCACCUCCACCAAGCAAGGACACGUGUCCAAGGAUGGGACCCACUUUCCAUAUCCAACAUUAAAUUCCACGAAUUCCCAACACCAUGUUACGAAAAUCCACCACCUAAUCCAAAUUCCACCACUAAAUUCCCUUCCCAAUUAAUGCCUUCUUUUCAUGCCACGUGUCAUCUACGUCACCCAAUUACUUCUCUUUUACGUGAACUAUCGUGUAGUAACAAAAGAGUUAUUGUUAUUUACGAUUCUUUAAUAGCUUGGGUACUUCAAGAUGCUCCUAAUAUACCAAAUGUUGAGUGUUAUAGCUUUCGUUGUAUCUCAGCUUUUACUAUUCAUUCUUGGAAUAAACCUAACUCUGUUGAGGAAAAUGAUGAAUUUUUGAAAAAUCUUCCAUCCAUGAAAGAUAGUGUAACGCUAGAGUUUUUAGAAUAUUCCAAAGUACAAAGGGAGUACAGAAAAAAUGUUACUUCAGGUGAUUUAUACAAUUCUUGCUGUGAAAUUGAAGGAUUGUAUCUUGAUUUAUUAUCAAAAGGAAAUAGCGCAGGUCAUAAACAAUGGGCUAUUGGUCCAUUAAACCCAGUGAAACGGUUUGACAAAAAAGAAUCAAGAAAACCCAGUAUAUGUAUAGAUUGGCUGGAUAAACAAGAACCAAAUUCUGUCAUAUUUGUGUCUUUUGGAACAACAACUUCACUUUCAGAUGAAGAAAUUAAAGAAUUGGCAAUUGGGUUGGAGAAAAGUCAGCAAAAAUUCAUAUGGGUAUUGAGAGAUGCAGAUACAGGUGACAUUUUUAAUGGGAAAAGUAGAAAAGUUGAGUUACCAAAAGGGUACGAAGAAAGAGUGGGAAAAAGAGGACUAAUAGUAAGAGAUUGGGCCCCACAAUUGGAAAUAUUGGGACACGUGUCGACAGGUGGGUUCAUGAGUCAUUGCGGAUGGAAUUCAUGUAUGGAGAGUAUAUCAAUGGGAGUGCCAAUAGUUGCUUGGCCAAUGCAUUCAGAUCAACCAACAAAUGCUUAUUUGGUAACUGAGGUGUUGAAACUUGGAGUAGCGUUGAAGGAUUGGGCAAAGAGAGAUGAAUUGGUUUGUUCAGUUGAAGUUGAAAAAUGUGUUAAGAGAUUGAUGGGUUCUGAAGAAGGAGAUGAGAUGAGAAAAAGGGCUAUGGAGUUGAGUAAAUCUGUUGUGGAUGGCGGUGGCAGUGGCAAAGAGAUGGACUCUUUCAUUGCCCAUAUCACAAGAUAAAA